AUGGAAGAAGCGUCGACCUCAGUCGCAGGCUGGGCAUGGCUUCCGGCCGACGUUCUGGGUUUGAUACUAGAAAAGUUGAUACCCAUCUCUGACUAUAUCCGGUUUACCGCAGUUUGCAAGCAUUGGAAAUCAGCUGCGUUACAUCACAAGCAGCAUCGCCUCGUCAAAUCACGGCCCAACCAGCUUCCAAUGCUGAUGGUUCCGACUAAGGACAGUAGCAACAAAAGGCGUUCCCUGUAUAGCGUCACACGAGGUAAGACUUACGGCUUUGAGUUGCAUGUGCCUUAUAGCAAGAGGUGCUGCGGUUCUUCCCACGGUUGGUUGGCUUGUGUCGAUGACAAUUUGGUAGUAACCCUCUUAAACCCUUUUACCGGGCGUACCAUUAGCCUUCCUCCCGUCCCCGCAUCCGCGUCUAGAGCAAGGGCUUUUUUUAGAUGUGAUUACUACAUUAACAAGGUUGUAUUAUCUGCUAACCCUUCGUUGUUUCCAAAUGAUUAUGAAGCUGUGGUCAUCUAUGAUGGUUAUGGAAAACGAAUAGCACAUAUUAAGUCAGGGGAUGAAGCUUGGACUUGCAUCGAUCAAGUGAUCGGAUUCGAUGAUGUGACUUAUUAUAAAGGUCAGUUUCUAGCUGUUAGUUUGGAUGGCAGUGUUUUUUCGAUUAAUGUUAGUAGUGACCAAACUGCUAAACCCGAUGUAAGCGUUGUUGUACCGAUGUCUCCUGGCACUGAUAACAAAACAUACCUAGCGCAAUCGUCCCGGGGAGAUCUAUUGCUGAUUAGGAAGUUCCAGAGAUUGACUUAUUGUAAGCGCUUUGUGAAGUCUUUGAGCUUCAACUUCAAGGUUUUUAAGCUGUUCUCUUCUUAUGAGGAUAGACCCCAAUGGGUUGAGGUUGAGAGUAUCGGAAACGAUGCUUUGUUUUUGGGUACAAAUCAAUCGAUGUGUGUCUCUGCCUCGCACUUUCAAGGGUGUCGGCCGAAUUCCAUAUACUUCACCGAUGAUUGUGUUGAUGUUGCUUGUCAUAAACCUAAAGGGCCUCAUGACAUGGGUGUCUUCGACAUAGAAAACAAAAGCAUGGGAAGGCAUUACUGCUUGGAUCGUUCACAGAAACACAUGCCGCCAGCAAUUUGGAUUUUGCCCACCAUGGUGUGA